AAUUUCGUGCGAUUAGAAAGGAGGAAGACUAGUCAAAUCAGAGCAAAUCAUUUAUCAGAUUAGGUUGCGGUCGGGCCAACCCCGCGAUCGGAAGUUAAUUUUGAUGACACAGUUUUAUUAUCAGCAAAAUUAACCACCAACUACCGAUCGGCACUAGAAACACUGGUUUAGCAGAUGCUGGAGGACGGAGAGGGUAGCUGCACCAAUGAAUGCUUGAUCGUAUCAUCCUUAACGACCGUGCGUCCUUGGACUUUAUAAAGCUUAUAUCAUGCAAAAAUGGUUAUCAUCGUACUCAGUUGCCAUUACCCGUUUGACGUAGAAGGAUCUUCUUCAGUGCUCUUCCACUGCCAACGCGAAGCGGUAGCCACUUGACGAUUGUUGUGUGUACUAAAUUGUUGAUCCGUUGUGUGUGCGUUUGUGAUUCUUCAAUCAGCCUGAACAGGGUAUUCGGUAGACAAGGUCUUUCAUUGGUUUCAAAUUGGUCGCCGUCAAUUAAUGUGAUUUAGCCGAACUGCUUCAACUACGAAAGUCCCAUUUUGAGAGGGAGUCAGUAAAACAAGUUUUCUCGCCAGUCAGUGCAAUGUCGGCCAGCGUAACCCUGAGUAGUACGGAUAAGAAACUGACCCAGUUUCGGAAUUGUCGAAUACUGCGCAACCACCAGCUGGUGCAGGACGAUCUUUGGGUGCGCGAUGGUAAAAUCAUCGAUCCCGAGAAAGUAUUCUUCGAUGAAAAAGGACAGGCGGAUGUGCAGAUCGACUGCCAGGGUGCGAUCGUCGCACCAGGAUUUAUUGAUUUGCAGAUCAAUGGUGGAUAUGGUGUAGAUUUUUCGUUUGAUGUCCAAACGGUCGAGUUAGGUGUGGCGAAGGUGGCUAAAGGGUUGCUGGCCCACGGUGUCACAUCGUUCUGUCCCACACUGGUCACGUCUCCACCGGAAACAUACCAUUCCGUGCUUCCCAAGAUUCCCCGUAGUGCCGGUGGCCACCACGGUGCGACCGUGUUGGGAUGUCACGUCGAGGGCCCCUUCAUCAACACGAACAAAAAAGGGGCACAUCCACCGGAGUGCAUUAAAGAGUUUGAACAGGUAGGAUUAUCCACAGGUGCUCUUAUUCAAAACAACCUUCUGAUCGUGCUAAAUGCUUCUUAUCUCGCUGUCAAGGGUAUGGCUACCGUGCGUGAGGUUUACGGUUCGUUGGAUAACGUGCAGAUAAUAACGCUUGCCCCUGAGAAGGCAGGUGCCUCGGAGGUGAUCCAAGAACUGAGCAACAGCGGCAUUACCGUCUCAGUGGGUCAUUCGAUGGCCAAUCUACACGAUGGAGAAGUUGCGGUCCGACACGGUGCGAGGCUAAUAACUCAUCUGUUCAACGCCAUGCUUCCGUUUCACCAUCGGGAUCCUGGGUUGGUGGGCCUACUGACGACGGAUAACAUUCCGAAGGAUACCCUCGUUUACUUCGGUAUCAUCUCCGACGGUGUUCACACGCACCCGGCUGCCCUUCGCAUUGCAUAUAAGACGCGGCCGGAAGGGCUUAUUCUGGUGACUGAUGCCAUAUCGGCCAUGGGUCUUGCGGAGGGCCGGCAUCGGAUCGGACAGAUGGAGAUAGAAAUUCGUGCUGGGCGAGCGUAUGUCGCGGGAACAAACACCCUCUGUGGCAGCAUUGCUCCGAUGGAUGAGUGUAUACGUUUCUUCAAAAAAGCAUCGAGUUGCUCAAUUGAAUAUGCUCUGGAGGCUGCUUCACUUCAUCCGGCACUGUGCGUCGGCAUCGAGAAGCGAAAGGGCACACUCGAGUAUGGAGCAGAUGCGGACUUUGUUAUGUUAGACGAUGAAUUGAUCGUGAAAUCCACGUGGAUAGCGGGCGAGUGCGUCUUCAGAGGCGAUACAAUAAUCUCAAAUGCGUUGUAAAUGCGCUUGAACAUGUUUUUAUCUACUCAGGAUAGCAACUAUCCGAUAUGUUUAACCAAUGAGAAACCUUGUGGCAUAAUGUUGGCAUGUUAAAAAAAUAUAGCGAUUUAUACA